UCGAACGUUGAGACUUGAAAGUGGUCGGCCCAUCUAUUUAAACUUUUCCUUCUCCACCAUAGGCUCUUCCACUAGCCGUUACACUUAUCUCUCUCUCUCUCUCUCCCUCUCUGCAACUCUCACAAGACCUCAUGGCAGUUUCUUUGGAUACCCUUUCUCCUGCUUGCAACAAGGUGCUCACUAUGUCCAUGGUGUCUUCUCCUCUACUAAGCCCCUCCUCAGAGAAGCGUUUUUGGAGUGGUCUACGCUCUCGGGUUGAUACCCUUCUGGAGAAUCGAAAGCCAAAUGGUCCGAUCCAGUGUACUUGCCCUGACCUGAAUCUCGAUCCUCAAGUACCCGAUGCCAUGGGAAAGUCUGAACAUGGUAAACGCUUGAACGAUGACUGUGACCUUCUGCUCAGAGGAUUUGACUCGGUUGCUUCUUCUCUAUCUCAUCUUACCAGCACAUUAGACACCGCUCUGCAGGGAGCAAAAGACCUCUCCAAACCUUCAUUGACUGAAUUAAUGCACAGUGUUCAGGAGAAGGCAGGGAUUGAAGAAGAAGAAGAAAACGAAGGAAGGAAGCGAAGAAUGAAGAGAAAGUGCGACUCUCUUGAGUCACUCAAUGACCAGGGAGAAGAUAAGCAGAAGGGAAAUGAGCGAAACCCAAAAAGCAGCAAGCUAAAGAAAGCAAGAAAUCUUGCGGUUUCCAUGGCAACCAAAGCAGCUUCAUUGACAACAGAGUUAAAAUCGAUAAAAUCAGAGUUAUGUUAUGUGCAAGAAAGAUGUUCCCUGCUUGAGGAAGAGAACAGUCGGCUACGUGAUGGAUUUGGCAAAGGAAUUAGACAUGAAGAAGAUGAUCUGGUGAGACUUCAAUUGGAGGCAUUGCUUGCUGAAAAAUCGAGGUUAGCCAAUGAGAAUGCAAAUCUGAGGAGGGAGAACCAGUGCCUUCACCAGCUAGUGGAGUACCACCAACAGACCUCUCAAAAUCUCUCAGCCUCUUUUGAUCAAGCCAUACAUGGGAUGUGCUUGGAUUUUUCAUCUCCACCACCACCAUCAACUGCAGAGGAGGCAAAUGACCAUGCUAAUGGCUAUGGUGACAAUAGACCUCAAACGCCUCGAACUGAUUUAUUUGGGUUCUCAACAUCUCUCGAUGAGUGCAACUCUGAAGAAGAAUUGUAGAUCUAGUAUCACCCAUUUUUCUGAUAUCAAUUUUGAUU